AUGAGACCUCCGCAGUUCCACGAGAAGAUCUACCGCUCAGCAUACUUCUUGGUUUUCUCACAAGAGAUCACUGGCAGUGCAGGCAGCGACCUGCCGCGAUAUGUGGCCUGGCCUUGCGUCUUCACGCAACUAGCUGUUGCUGCUUGGAAGCAGGACGUUGAUACCGCUGCGCUGGAGUUGAGCCGAAUCUCUGGGAAGGUUCUUCGCUCCAGUGGGGCGCUCUCUGCGCAUCGUUUUCGGCUGUACAAGGCAACCAUCUGGCCGGCCUUGUGGUAUUCCUUGAGUUCUGUUGGGGUCACUGGCCGUGAUGGACCGUGCGCCGCCCUCUGCUUAUGCAAGGAUUGCGCGCAGCAAAGUAGGGCAGCUAAUGUUGCGGAGGCCUCUGUGACGCUGGGGCCCGACUGGGCAGGUCGCAUCGUGCUCUCAAACCCACACAACUUGUGCAACAUGAAUGCGGCGUUUCUUUCUCUUGUGCAUUGCUUCGACUUUGUACUUCUGGCCCAUCGUGGUGUUCAGGCGCUCCGUCGCCUGGGUGUCCAAGCGCUGUCGUUGUCUUUGGGCAUGGCUCAACUCGCAGCAGAUUCGCUCCGUUCUCAGGUCUGCGUCUUGGACAAAUUGUUUGGGAAGCUCGUCGCUUUGAGGAUGAUGCUCUUCGGGUCAUGCAUUCAGGUUCUCUUCCUCUGCUUCUACCUCCGCCUGUCUGUGGCUGCAUGCUUCAAGGACUGUCUUCGCGCAUGGCACGAACAAGAUUCCCUGCACGGCAUUGUUGCCCGUCCUGAGCCGGAGCUCUUACUGCUGCACUCGGCGCUGGCCGAUCACGAGCAUCAUCACCCUGCGGCCCAGAAGCUCUGUGGUGCAUUUCAAGUUGAAUGUGCCUGCCUCGGUGGUGCCGAUGCUUUUCACCUCGGCGGGGGCUGGAGGCGCAUCAAGGCGGAGGAGCCGGACAAGCUGGAUCGUCCAAUGCGUUGUGCGUUGCUGGUCUGUCUUUUUGCGGAGCUCAAAAGUCGCAUGGAGAAGGUUGUUGAGGAGCGCAUGGGAGAGAUGGCGGCGAUGUGCUGGCUUGCCGCUGGUCCGCCUGUGGUGUGGAACUUCAUGCGCUGGGAUGCUGCAAAGCAACAGCAGGUCGUUGACAACGCACGGCCUCCGCUCACCCAGGCUGAGGAGAUGAAGGGACAAAACCUUGUCUUUCUCUUGCAGACGGGGCAGCAUGGUGUUUGGUCGGCCGAGAUGCGUGACGGCCUUCGUCGCUUGUGCCACUGCUCAGUGAUGCAUCUUCUGGCGGCGCAGCUAAGGAAGACAAGCAUGCGCGUUCGGCGCUCGCCAAUGCCAUUGCGGACUAUCUGA